UCAGGAGCUGCAUUCCCAUGGUUGACGGUGACCCACAUGGGUUCAUACGCCAUUUGAUCCGAUUGGAUACUGGAGCCCAUGUACCCCAUGGUAACUGCUUUUAGUUUAACCGCUAUCCUGUCAACCUUCCUGACAUGGUAGGACAGUCAAAGUCAGUUUACCAUGUUGGGUCAUUACGGUACUCAAGCCCGACCACCACGACAAGGUAGCAGUUAUCGACCAGGCUGUUUAUUGAUAAUCGAUAGUGUUCAUUUGCGAAAUAUUUUAUACUUUGAAUAUAUACAAAGUGCUUGAUGAAUAAUCCUGUUUUCUGUGUGUAUAUAAUCAUGGUCUUGUUUUUCUCCAAUAAUGAUAGAUUAAAAAUAUGCAAACCACUCGUCCUGAUACUCUCGUCUCUGCUACCCUACUGGUGUGUGCACAUCGUAUUCACGAAGCAAUUGAAUUACUGUUAAGUUGCGACAAAAUUAAAGAAGCUUUAAUUCUGGCACAUUUAUACUUAAAACCAUCAGAAGUUGUAAUCUACACAGAAAAGUGUAUCAAACGGUUAAUUGAUCGGUCGAGUUCAGUUGAAAAGGCAUUCUUUUCAAUUAUAUUCAAUGUUGGUCAGAAACAAUGGAUAACUGCUACGAGAAUGGUACAUCGUGAAGUUGAAAUUUCUAAAAUACGACCUGGUAAAGAAAUUGAACAACUUGCCUGGUGUUGGGUUGGUAUUAAUCUUCUGUUAAAUGCACUACCACCAUCUUCAAAUGAUAAUGAUUAUUUGUCGAAUGAAUGUCUGCAUUUAUCGUCAAUGUGUUUAACAGUUAGUUUUCGGUUAUUUCCAAAAGAACCACUGUUUCUUAAUCGUUGGUAUGAAGCAUUUUCACACCUUCUUUCGUCAUGGUCAGAAACUACACCUUGUCCGGGUGUGGUAUGCAGUUUAAUGCUAUUAAAUAUCGGUCAGAUUGUACAUUUCUAUAUGACUAGUUAUCAGGAAGAAAAAGAGGAGGUCAUCUAUGAAUGUCUUCAAAAUGAUUGGAUGAAAAGCAUAAGUGGUAGUGAUUGUUUAACAUACUUCAAUCAGUUGAUCGCAGAUCGUCAACCCUCUUCACUAUUAUGGGAAGUUUGUUUAACUCAUUUUUGUAUAGACUUUUUAUUAUUCUGCUUAAUACACAAUCAUUGUGGAUUGAUGAAUAAACUAGUUCAAUCGGAUACACUGACCGCUUAUACUGAUCGAUAUAAGGCUAGUCGAAAGUCUUGUGAGGAUAUAAAACCGAAAGAAACAAGUUAUUUAAUUAGACAUUUAUUUUCAACUUAUAAAAAGCUUUUGAUAACUAAUGGUUUGAAUACAGACUCUGAGAUAUGCUGUAAUGGUGUCGUCGAUGGAUUCAUAGAAAAAUAAGUUGAUUUUGUAUAUAUAUGUAGAUAUUGUUCGCCCUCUUUCCUUUUCAGAGUAUUUUGUCUACUCACACCUUUGCCUAUUUUCAAGUGUGGUGCAUUUCAACGAUUUGUGUAAAAUUUAUUCGUUUCUUUUUGUACAACAGUGAUGAAAAAACAAAAAUAAAUAAAUAAAAUUG